UUUCCGGCUUUGGUCCAGCGCGCAGGCUCAGAGAGUGAGCCAACAUGGCGGCGCCCGUGGAUCUGGAGUUGAAAAAGGCCUUCACAGAGCUUCAAGCCAAAGUUAUUGACACACAACAAAAGGUGAAGCUUGCAGACAUACAGAUUGAACAGCUAAACAGAACGAAAAAGCAUGCCCAUCUUACAGAUACAGAGAUCAUGACUUUGGUGGACGAGACUAACAUGUAUGAAGGUGUAGGAAGAAUGUUUAUUCUUCAGUCCAAGGAAGUUAUUCACAAUCAGCUGUUAGAGAAACAGAAAAUAGCAGAAGAAAAAAUUAAAGAACUGGAACAGAAAAAGUCCUACCUGGAGCGCAGUGUGAAGGAAGCCGAGGACAACAUCCGGGAGAUGCUCAUGGCCCGGAGGGCACAGUAGGAAUCCUCUGGGGGGCAUUUCUCCCGCCGACCCCUCCCAUUUCUGGCAAGGACGAGGGGCUCAUGCAGGAAAAUGGCCCCUGCCUUACCCUGAUGGACAUUUUAUCUGGAUGGUCUGUAACCCUGUGUUUCCUAUCAAAUCCCAACCCUGUGGGUUUUAUCCCAGCUCUGCCUGCCACCCCUGCCUAUGAUACUCCCCUCCCUGUGGGGGUGAGUCAUAAACUCCCAGGAGAGAGAAGAUGGGAGCCAGGACGGAUGGGGGCGCUCUGCCCACAUCCCCUGCGAGUCAUGCUGGACAGACCAAUAAAAGGCCUCUGUGCCACUCUGCUAAGCCUUUUCUUGAGCUGAUGGGUGAGAACAGGGAGGCAGAGGCUACCUCUCUCAGCUCCUCCCUGUCCCUCUUUGGGGCUGUGGCCCUGAUCCUUCUCCAUCGGAGCCUUCCCCUCUUUUCCCCUCUGAUUAUUCGAGUGAACUCCUUAAGCUCAUAGCUGCCCUGGAAUGUGCAGAUCUGAGAAAAAGGAGACCAGAGCAUAGCUGAAUUUAAGUGAGCAGGACAGCAGUUCCUUGGUGGCAGCCUGCCUAAAGAUUCCUUUCCUACUUCCUCCCAAACAUUCGGAAAGAAAAUCUAGUAAUAAACCAGCAGCACCUCUGA